UAGGUAUUUGUACAGAAUUUUUAUAGAAGUACGCAACUUUAUUCCGUUCGCUGUCAAUUCCAAAAGAUAAAUGACGUCGAAUAGUAAAAACAACAGUUAAAGAUGCAAUCGGGUUUUUAAAGUUGUUUUAUAAUAGCAGAUAAUGCGCUACUUGACUUUUCCUGGUUAGUAAUGGAAGAGUUUGCUUGUUACUUACCUGAGCCAAGAGGAAUGCCGUCGCCGAGGCCUGCAUGGCGCAGGCUGUUAAGAGCAAACAGAAAUCAAUAAGUCAACGAAAUCUCAGGAACUGGGAUCCACAAUCGGAAAGGGAUCAAGGCGAGCAAAUAACUGGCGGUGCCAAAACCGGGUCGUGUUCCUGUGGAUGCUCCGCUGCUUGUUUGUACAGAACAGUACUUACAGAGCGCAGGAUAUCCUUCGGAUGUUUUAUUGAUUUUCCUAUCAGCAAUUCAUUAAACCUGCACGCACAGACAACUGGCUGCCGUUCCCCGUAGAAGACAAACGGAAUGGAUAAAACCGAGCGCUUUCGCGAAACAUGAAGCCUGCAGGGGUUGCCCAUUCCACAACACGUCUCGAGUCUGGACCACCAGUCCGGCCGGCAGUGAGUUGCAGAAGCAUGACAUCAUGCGUCGAUGGCAGAUUUCUCACCUCACUUUUGAACUUUUCGUUUGUGAGCAGUAUCCCGUAAACAGAGUUGGCCAUUGGGAAUGCGUACGUAAAUUUCUCUGCGGCGCUGCCCGUGAUCCUUCUCUUCCCCAUCGUUAAUCUCUGGGGCACUUGCAUAUUCUUUACUGGAAUACGAUCGAGCUGGAAAGAUGGAGGGGUAUUACGAUCGCGAUGCACCUCACGAACGUCAUUCAGGUGCUCUGCGAACGGGGGUGCGAGUGCACCGUAAACACGGCGCUGCUCCGUACGCCCGCGUGGUACACACGGACAGAGAAGGAGAUGCGCAGAUGGGCGAAGGAUCCGCCAGCAGCGCUACCAGUCAAAGAGUGGCCGCGUUUCAUCCCCGUGGUGGCCAACAGGCGCAUCGGAGCCGCAGUCUCUCGGUCGCGCUUCCCGCUGAAAGGAACGUCUUUUCCCGGUUGGGUCCGAGAAAUCUCCGAAUAUCUCGCGAAUCCUUCGGCACGCGCAAUCGCGGGCGCGCCCGAGUGGUGUUUACAUCGCGACCGCCGCUGACGGCUUGGUUUAAAGUUCGGCUGGUUGGUGCGGCCACCGUGGACAGAACAUGGGUCAUGAAUGCCAUUGGAGAACGACUUUCCGCGGAAAACAUUACGUUCCAGCCGAUUCAAGUUGCCGUCGAUGGAAAUUCCUUAACAUUCUAUGUCAAGGACCAAGCUGCUGCAAAUAGACUGAGGAUGCUGAAUAAAGCGAUUCAGUUCUCUCAUGGGCCAAAGAUGCCUAUUGCCGUAAAUCCUUCUCAAGCUCCCGUUGUACAUUUGGAUGAAUCCGUAAAGGCCGCGAUAAAGACCGCUAUGGGCAAACGUUAUGACGCAGCAACCCACUCUCUGACUUUGAGCUUGUUUAACGAAGCUCCUGAAUUUAAAACUGCCAGCCUGAAUAUUCAGCUGUCCAGAGCCAGUCAUAUGAAAGCGGUUUUGGAACUGAUUGAAGCCAAUAUCAAAGAGCUGCAGUCUCUGGACCUCAGUAAAAAUCGUCUAUCGCAGUUGAUGGACUUUUCUCGUUUGGCUGACAAAGUGCAAUUGCGCCAGCUAAACCUCAGCGAUAAUGCGAUUCGGCAUAUACGCGAUGUGGAGUUGUUACGCUCUUUUAUCCACCUUGUGGAUCUGGAUUUAAGUCGGAAUCCCAUUCGGGAUGCGUACCGUGAUACGCCUGCAUACAUUGAGGAUAUACGGAAGAAGCUACCGAAUCUGCUGCGGUUAGACGGUGUAGAUCUGCCCAAAAAGAUAGGAUUUGAUGCACCGGCGCGUAUCCAACUCCCAGUACCCACUCCGUUCUAUACGCCAUUUGAUGCACAGGCCAACCAGCGACUUGAAUCUUUCUUGCUACGGUACUAUGAGUAUUUCGAUGGCAGACGGUCAGAAUUGUUGGGUGCUUAUUCGGAAGAUGCGCAGUUCUCCCUCUUCAUCCCGAAAUUAUAUGACAAGAGCUCGGGUUUCUAUUCCCACAGCCGAAAUCUGAACAAUGUCACCGAAAGUGUCGUUCAAAACGCGAAAUUGUUGCUUGGAAGGACGUCCAUUGUUGAUUUCUUUGGUAAAUUACCUGCCACUGCUCAUGCCCCGAAAUCGUUUACAGUGGAUGUGUUUUUCAACGAGAAUGCCUUGUUGGGACUCAUGGUAACAGGUGUUUUUCGAGAAGAUCAACACAAGCGCCAGCAAUUCCGUUCAUUUUCACGAAAUUUCGUCAUUGUGAUAUCAGAGGAAGGGUGGCGGAUAAUAUCCGAUACCUUGACCGUCACCGCGCCUUCCGUGGAGCAAGUCAAUCAGUUCAGGCAGAACACGGCGCCGGAGAAUCCUUCCAACAGUGUUGCUACACCUGCACCUACUGUAUCCACUGCCAGCGCUCUUGAUGAACCGAUGAAAUUGGCCAUGAUAGUUAAUUUUGCCAAUGAGAGUGGAAUGAAUGAGCAGUAUAGUCGAUUAGCGCUGGAGGACAACUACUGGGAUUAUGCGAAAGCUGGUGCUGCUUUUUUGCAACUGAAAAGUGAAAAUAAACUUCCCCCGGAAGCCUUCGUAAAAUAGCAGCACUGUGUUUCAGUUUUGUUAUGGUUCUGUUUGGAGACUACACAAGCUGUUGCUUCGGCUUAGCCUUUCUUCGAUGUUGAUGAUAGCCUGAAUUUUAUUUCGUUGAACUGUCAGUUACUGAGUGACAGUGGUUUUGUUGUGACGGACCUCGGGGAAAAAUACGUUAAAAUACACAGUAGUGUCAGUACGAGACACGAUAGUAAACAGCUGUAAGUAUGUACAAGUACU